ACGUACACAAGACUGUGCUCGAUUAUUUCAGCCUUUUUGUAUCUGAACUCAGGAAGACAAAUCGAGCUGAAUCAUCGCGCGCUCAGCGGAUAGUUUGACUGAUUUACUGAAAAAUGUUUCGAAAUCAAUAUGACAACGAUGUGACUGUGUGGAGUCCUCAGGGUCGUAUUCAUCAGAUUGAGUAUGCGAUGGAGGCCGUGAAACAAGGAUCAGCCACUGUAGGGCUCAAAUCACGCAGUCAUGCGGUUCUGGUGGCCCUCAAGAGAGCUCAGUCUGAACUGGCUGCCCAUCAGAAGAAGAUCCUUCAUGUGGACAAUCAUGUGGGCAUUUCCAUUGCUGGACUGACGGCAGAUGCCAGACUUCUCUGUAACUUCAUGCGUCAGGAGUGUCUGGACUCCAGAUUUGUGUUUGAAAGACCACUUCCUGUUUCUAGACUGGUCUCGCUCAUUGGAAGCAAAACUCAGAUUCCCACCCAGAGGUAUGGCAGACGGCCAUAUGGAGUGGGGCUGCUGAUUGCAGGAUAUGAUGACAUGGGGCCGCACAUCUUCCAGACUUGCCCCUCUGCCAAUUACUUUGACUGUAAAGCCAUGUCCAUCGGCGCUCGCUCACAGUCCGCCCGCACGUAUCUGGAGAGACACAUGGACUCAUUCUUGGACUGUAAUCUGAAUGAUCUGGUGCAGCACGGUCUGCGUGCGCUGAGGGAAACUCUACCUGCUGAACAAGAUCUUACCACAAAGAAUGUGUCCAUUGGCAUAGUGGGAAAAGAGAUGGAGUUCACCAUCUAUGAUGAUGAUAAUGUUGCAUCGUUCCUCGAGGGUCUGGAGGAGAGGCCACAAAGAAGGGUGGCUCAGGCAGCUGAUGAAGCAGCUCCUGCUGUACCUGAUGAACCGAUGGAGCACUGAGACAAACUCAUCAUACACGUCUGUUUCACUUCUGAAAUAAAGACCUGUAACAUUUAAACUCAUUACGCAUUGUACAUUAGACAGUGAAACAUUGCUUUUCUAUCUGAGUUAUAAGGAGUAAUAAAACUGCUUGUGGUUUCUUUGA